AUUCUUUUGUAGUCGUGUCUCAGAUUGAUGUGAUGUGGUCAAUAAAGGCAAACAAGACAUGUGUUUCGAUCCGACAGCCAGAUCCAGGGACUGCAGCUCGCCGAAAUCCGGGUUUAAGCCAUUGGUUCAUCGUCUCCGAGUCUAAGUCUGAUGUGUUCCGGUCCGUUAUUAUAGCAUAGGCGUCACGACAGGUAAUGGUUGAUUCAUCAGGAUGUGUUGGUGGAAGAAGAGGGCCAUCGUUAUUCGAGUCUUCAAUAGCGGCGGUAUAUUGGGGUGACGCCGGCAUAGGACUGUCCGGCAUCGGCUCUGGGACAUCGUCGAUAUCAUUAAGGCUCUCUUGGAUGUCUGAUGAAUCGAUGCCAGCGUGACAGGUGAUCAAGCUUGACGUUUCGUUGACUUGGAGGGUGGGAGGCUGGAGAGCACGUAGUCGGGAGAUUUCGGCAUGGAGCUCCUCGAUCUGCUUCAGCGCAUCGUCUAGUUUGCUUUGGGUACUGGCCAAUGUGGCCUCCAAAUCACAUAUACGCCCUUUGACUCUGGCACGAUGACGUCGCUGGUUCUCUCGCUGGCGCGCCGCGUCGUGGCCUGGAGGUUUGGCUGAAAAUUUGGUGAUACUGCUUUGAAAUGUAGGCUGGCGUGGCAUGUUUGCAGGCAAUCGGGGUCAAAUAUCGGGAGCGAAGCCAGGUUGGUACAGAUCUAGACGAGGCAGAUGAAGGGAAUUGGUGAGGACGGGCGAGCACUGGGCAAGAUUCCGGUGACAAACCAAAUCUUUUCCACAUUGGGCUGGCGCGUCAUCUAGUGGACCUCGCACUAACCAGAUCUGGUCCACUUUCAAUGACAUACCACUCAAACCUCGACAACACGCAGCACAUCAAAUGCACCUCACGAGAAUCAGUCUUGGUAAAGAGUGGGGAUCAACAAAGAUAAAUACCCUUUUCUAGGACUCCGGUUUUGAUCCUAGCUUUAGGUUUCACACAGCAACUUCUCAGAACCACCAGGUAGUCUGGCCUUCACAGCGGCCUCUAUAUUGUCGGAUUGUGCUACACGACCUGCCUUUUAUGAACUUCUAUUGAACAUCCAAAGCAUGGAUUCAACCGAGCAGAUCUACGCCCAAGUCCGGGAGCACUACAGCAGUGCCUCUCGAACGGCGGCCCCAAAGUACGGAGAGAGUGUGGCCAAGUCAUUCGGAUACAGCGAGGACGAGUUAUCCAACAUCCCCGAAGACGCCAACCUGGGUCUCAGUUGCGGCAAUCCACUUGCCAUUACCAGCCUCAAAGAGGGCGAGACGGUCAUCGACCUAGGCAGCGGUGCGGGCUUCGACAUCUUCCUCGCCUCGACAAAGAUUGGUUCCAGUGGAAGAGCCAUUGGCGUAGACAUCAAUGAUGAAAUGCUCGCCCGCGCCGAAAAGAUCAAGGCCUCCCGCGGCAACUCGGUUUCCAACGUCACCUUCAUCAAAGGCAAUAUCACCUCUGUCCCUCUCCCAGACGUUACUGCCGACCUCAUCAUCUCAAACUGCGUAAUCAACCUGGUCCCAUACGAAGAGAAGAAUCUUGUCUUCAAGGAGAUGUACCGUCUUCUGAAGCCCGGUGGAAGGGUCGCCGUGUCGGACAUUCUUGCCAAGAAGCCCCUGCCGGAUCAGCUGAGAAAGGAUGUUGCCAUGUACGUUGGAUGUAUUGCCGGUGCCGCCGAGGUUGCCGACUAUCAGAACUGGUUCAGGGAGGCGGGGUUCAAAGACUCGGUCAUCACGGAUACACAGGCCGAUCUGAAUGUCUAUUUGGACACCAACGAGGAUGGGACCAAAAAGUCUGGGGAUUGUUGUGGACCUGUUGCCGCUGUUUCUGCUUGCGAUGGUGGGGAUGAGGCCAAGAAAGCGACACCAUCUUGUUCUUCUGCCACUACCGAUAGCGGUGAUGUGGGGAGGACAGAUCUCAAUGAGUUCGUUGGAUCUUAUAAGAUCUUCGCUGUCAAAGACUAAGCGGAGCUUUUUCUUGAAGCAGGGCUGAACAGAGCAAAUGAAUAGGGUAAGGUUAGAUAGUUACAGUCAGACAAGGUGGUGUUAGGGCAAAAGAAAAAUACAAAAAAGCAACGCUGGAAGAACA